AUGACUUUCAUAUCUUCGGUGCUCUCCUGGUUCAGUAGCAUAUUCUUCUCCAAAGCCGCUGAAAUAUCCGUGGUUGGGCUCCAAGCUUCUGGAAAGACAUCAUUUGUGAAUGUCAUUGGCUCGGGACAGUGGUCAGAAGACGUCGUCCCCACCGUUGCGUUCAACUAUCGCAAGGUACGCAAAGGCGCGGUGACCCUGAAGAUAUGGGAUGUCGCAGGACAGCCGAAGUUUCGCUCAAUGUGGGAGCGCUAUUGUAAUGGAGUCGAUGCUGUCGUAUUCGUGGUUGAUUCGGCUGAUCAAGAGAAGUUUGAUACGGCGCGCUUUGAAUUGCACCAGCUAUUAGCGCAGCCGAGUCUAGCAGGUGUUCCUCUCUUAGUGCUUGGAAACAAGAAUGACAUCCCCUCACACGCAUCUGUCAAGGAUCUUAUACGCGACCUUCAACUGGACAAGAUACAAGACCGUCCAGUCUCAUGCUAUUCGUGUUCGAUGAAAAGCCAACAUAAUUUGGAUAUAGUCCUCCGCUGGCUCUCAGAUCGUGGUCAUUAG